AGCUGAGAGGUGGUCUGACUCUGAGUAGAAGCUGAACAAGGACCAGCAGCAGCCUCCGCACACUUCACUCACACCAGGGGAGCCACAGAGGAGCUGCCAGGAGCCUCAAGACAUAAAAAAACCGCAACUCGCGCGGAAAGGUCCCUGCGUGAAAAGAAGACCCGAAGAAGCGCACCGAGCUGCGUCGAUGCGCCUGAUUUCUUUUGGUUCUUUUUCGGGUUUAAUACAACACCCUUAAAAACUCUGCAAGAAGAUACUGAAAUGCCAACCCGAGUCGGGUGGAUCCUCUUCGCCCUCUCAGUGGCGCUGUCACGCGGCCACGACUCCCCGGUUGACGAGGACCCCCCGGAGGGCGCAUCCACCCUCGCCUUCGUGUUUGACGUGACCGGCUCCAUGUACGACGACCUGGUCCAAGUCAUUGAGGGGGCGUCCAAGAUUCUGGAGACUUCCUUGAGUCGGCCGAAUAAACCCCUCUACAACUUCGCCUUGGUCCCCUUCCACGACCCAGAAAUUGGCCCAGUAACGAUCACAACAGACCCCAAGAAAUUCCAGUAUGAGCUGAGGGAGCUGUAUGUUCAGGGAGGUGGGGACUGUCCGGAGAUGAGCAUUGGUGCCAUCAAAAUUGCCUUGGAGAUUUCGCUGCCGGGAUCCUUCAUUUACGUCUUUACAGAUGCCCGGUCCAAAGAUUACAAGCUCACCUAUGAAGUCCUUCAGCUCAUUCAACAGAAACAAUCCCAGGUUGUGUUUGUGUUGACGGGGGACUGCGAUGACAGGACUCACGUUGGCUACAAAGUGUAUGAAGAAAUCGCCUCCACCAGCUCUGGACAGGUCUUCCAUCUAGAUAAGAAACAGGUCAAUGAGGUUUUGAAAUGGGUAGAGGAAGCUGUGCAGUCUUCAAAAGUCCACCUGUUGUCAACAGAUCACUUUACUGGGGUCAGCAACACCUGGCGGAUACCCUUUGACCCCAGUCUCAAGGAAGUCACAGUUGCCCUCAGUGGCCUAGCACCUGACAUCCAGAUUACAAACCCCCAAGGGAAGAUCAUGGGGAAGAGUGAUGGUCUGACAGAGCUCUUGCACAUUCCCAACUCUGCCAAAGUCGUCAACAUCAAGGACCCGCAGCCUGGGAUGUGGUCUAUCAAGACUUCUAGUGAAGGAAGACACUCAGUCCGAAUCUCAGGCCUGAGCUGUAUUGACUUCCGCGCUGGGUUUUCCCGAAAGCCCACCCUGGAUUUCAAAAAGACUAUCAGUCGCCCAGUUAAAGAUGUUCCCGCCCACAUCUUGCUGAACACCACUGGGCUUUCUCCUCCUGCGCGUCCUGACAGGCUGGAGCUCUUGGCAAUCACAGGCAGAGUUAUUAAAACGCUGCCAAUCCGCUACUACCCUGAACGCCAACCAUACGGCCUCUGGAAUAUCACUGAUUUUAUUCCACCGAACGAUGCUUUCUUCUUGCGGGUGACAGGAUAUGACCAGAAUGGCUUUGUUUUCCAGAGGGUCUCCAGUGUGUCCUUCUCAAGUAUUAUACCAGAUGCCCCCAAGGUGCUGAUGCCAGCCACAACUCAUGGUUAUUAUCUCCAGAAAGGGACUGUUCGAUGUCAAGUGGAUAGCCUGAUUCCAUUCACGUUGCGCUUCAGCCGAGAUGGAAGACGACUUGGAGUGGAUCAGCUAUUCGGGGAGUCUGACAGAGCAACAUGGGAGAUAGAAGAGGUGACUUUAAAGGAUGAAGGCUAUUACGAGUGUAUUGCUGUUAACAGUGCUGGGACAGGACGAGCUCGCACCUUCUUGGAUGUAUCAGAGCCGCCUCCUGCCAUCACAGUUCAAGGAAAUGUCACAGCUUCUCCGGGCACACGUGCUAUCCUCACCUGCCACGUUGCCAGCACAGUUAGCUUCAACCUCACGUGGCUGAGAGAGGGCCUCGAUGCCCGUCUGGACCCACAGCUACACGUCCUGACCAACCUCUCGCUUCAGGUGUCUGUUGUCACGCCAGAUCGCGUAGGCUGGUACGAGUGUAUCGCAGUAAAUGAAGGAGGGAUGACAGCAGAGCGAGUCUAUCUCACUGUGCAAGAGGUGCCUAGAGUCAAAGUAGAACCUCGAAACCAGACGUUUACAACAGGAGAAGAAGUGAAGAUAAGGUGCUCAGCCAGUGGCUACCCACCACCCCGCUUGGUCUGGACACACAAUGACAUGUUUAUCACAACAUCAAACAGACACAGAAUGACACCUGAUGGCACUUUAACAAUAAAAAACAUUGUGAAGAUGGAUGGAGGCAUUUAUGGCUGCUUGGCCAGCAAUCAAGCUGGAACUCACUCAAUGGUUUCCAUCAUUACUUACAUCGAAUCUCCUGUGGUGAAAGUGGCUGCUGAUGAUCUUCUCAUUGGCAUUGGAGAAACCACCGUCAUGGCCUGUUCUGCAUCUGGAAUCCCUCAUCCUGAGAUUUGGUGGUACAAAGGGGAUGUCCAAUUCCAUACAACACAAUCAGUGGACGUAGAUGCACUGGCAGGUACUUUAACCAUCAAAAAUACCCAGGAAGUUGAUGCUGGAGACUACACUUGUGUGGCUGUCAACAUUGCCGGCACCUCGUCAGGAAAAGUUAUGCUUGAUGUUGGAGCUGCACCAAAGUUCACUCAAGAACCCUUGGACACGGCGGUGGACAUCGGCUUCAACGUGACACUACCAUGCCAAGCUCAAGGCCAUCCAGAGCCACAGGUCACCUGGAGGAGACAAGACGGUGUGCCCCUUUUCCACACCCAUCACAAGCACAGCACCAUCACUCAGAGCAGAGGAGGUCUUCAUAUCACCAACCUGUGGGUGGAGGAUGAGGCAGAAUAUGUCUGUGAGGCUUUCAACCAUUUUGGCAAGAUCCAGACCCAAGCCAGCAUCACUGUGACAGGACUAGUGUCGCCUAUCAUAGCAAUGAGUCCAGCUGUGAUCAAUGUGAUAGAGGACCAGCAGGUGACGUUACCCUGUGUGCUGUUGGCUGGAAAUCCACUGCCUGAGAGACAAUGGCUGCACAACUAUGGUCUUUUAACCUCAGAUGAAUAUGUGACUGUGAGGAGAGAUGGGAGUCUGCACAUUGAGAGAGUUAAGCUGGAUGACGCUGGUGACUACACCUGCUUGGCUGAGAACGUCGUUGGAGCUGCAAACCACACUACACUCGUCAACGUCUAUGUGAUUCCGACCUUUCAGCACGGCCCUCAAGUGUUCAGCACUAUUGAAGAGACGCCCAUAUCUCUGCCCUGCCGUGCCAGUGGGGUACCUACACCCGAGAUCACCUGGUCUAAGGGUGGGGAGCUUGUUUACUUGGGUGGUCCGGCUUUCUCCCUGGACUCUGAAGGCAGCCUGCUCAUCGCCUCGCCCUCUGGAAAUGAGACAGGAGAGUUCCUCUGCACAGCUGCCAAUGAUGCCGGCCACACAUCGAGAAAAGUUCAGCUCACUGUCUAUGUCCGCCCGAGGUCCAAUGUUGGAAGUGCCGGCAGCUCCACAGAGCAGUCAAGAAUGUCAGUGAUUCAGGGUGAGGAUGCUAUUUUACCAUGUAAGGUCCAAAGUGUGCCACCACCCACUAUUACCUGGGCCAAGGAAAAAAGGCUCAUCUCCCCUUACUCUCCAAGGCACACUCAGCUGUCCUCAGGCUCAUUGAAGAUCCUAGAAACCAAAGUGUCAGACAGUGGACUUUAUGUGUGUGUUGCCUCCAACAUUGCUGGCAAUAUGACUCAACUUAUUGACCUGAGAGUUUUGGUGCCCCCCAGUAUCCAAGCUGGUCCCAAAGUUGUGAAGGUCCAGAUGGGUCAUCCUGUCGAGCUCCUAUGUAUAGUACACGGGUUACCCAAGCCCAGCCUUGCCUGGACGAAAGAUGACAGGAGGUUUCCCGUGUCACCAGAUGGUAGUCUGAUUUUGGGACAAGUGGGGCUAGGUGAUGAAGGAAUCUACACUUGUACGGCAUCCAACAUUGCAGGCAAAGAUGAAGCUCAAGUUCAACUAUUAGUACAAGUUCCCCCAGUGGUUGAAGUCCUGGAGCCCCCAUUCAAUAAUCAUCUGCAGGAGAGAGUUGCCAACCAACGUAUUGCUUUCCCCUGCCCUGCAAAAGGUCUUCCCAAGCCAGUAAUUCGAUGGUUGCGCAACGGCCAGGAGCUGACCGGUAACGAGCCUGGUGUGUCCAUCAUGGAGGAUGGCACACUGUUGAUUCUGGCAUCUUUGUCACCCCUGGACGACGGGGAGUAUGUCUGCUCUGCCGCCAACGAUGUUGGGUCCACUGAGAGGAAGUACCAGCUCAAAGUCAAUGUGCCCCCAACUCUCCGUGACAGUGACACAUCAGGAAAUAUAUCCGUGGUUCAGAGCCAGACUACCACUUUGGUCUGUGACAUCACUGGAAGUCCAACCCCAGUUAUCACCUGGUACAAAAAUGGAAUUACUGUACUGACGAGUAACAGCAUUCAGAUUCUUGAUAUGGGGAAAAGGUUGAAACUACUGAAGGCAGCCGAAGCAGAUGCUGGCAGCUACACCUGUAAAGCAAUCAACAUUGCUGGUAGCACAGAAAAAUACUUCUUUGUGGAUGUACUGGUCCCACCGACCAUUGCAGAGUCAGAUUCUCCACAAGACUUGUCAGGAAUUCUCAAACAGGAGAUCAUGUUGGAGUGCAAAGUUCAAGGAGUACCAUUCCCGACAAUUCAGUGGUACAAGGACAGAAAACUGAUAUUUCUUGGUGAUCCUAAUCUGGAAGUCACCAACAAAGGUCAAAUUUUAAGAAUAAAGAGUGCCCGUCUCAGUGACCAGGCCAGGUACCAAUGUAGUGUCAUGAAUACAGCUGGGAAACAGUCCAAGGAUUUCAAUCUCAGCGUGUAUGUUCCCCCAACCAUCAAAGGUGGUAACCAAACAACAGAAGUUACCAACUUGCUGGACACGGUGGUCAAACUAGAGUGUGAGGCACGGGGGGUACCACUUCCCACCAUCACCUGGUUCCGAAAAGGAGAGGCCAUCCUGUCUAGCCGCCAGUCUCAGUAUGUAGAGCAAGGCCGUUACCUAAAAAUUCCUCGGGUGCAGGAGCAUGAUGCAGGCCAGUACACCUGCAAAGUGACAAGUGUGGCUGGUUUUGCUGAGAAGAACUUUGAGCUUGAUGUCUACUUGCCUCCUUCAAUAGCAGGGUUGGAGAGUGGGCCCACUGAAAAAAAGGUGGUCCUCAGUAAGCCUCUCCUCCUGAAAUGUGAGGCAGGUGGUUACCCUCCGCCUUCCCUUACCUGGUUGAAGGAUGGAGUUCCUGUCCGCGAUGGAGAGAGUGUCCGUGUGCUUGAUCAAGGAAGGAAAAUAGAAAUCCUGUCAGCCAUGGUGUCAGACUCUGGUCGUUACGUUUGUGUAGCAACCAGCAUCGCCGGAGAGACGGAGGUCAAGUACGAUGUCAGAGUUUUGGUGCCACCUUUUAUUGAUGGAGCAGAUGAAGGGACUGACAGCACAGUGAUAAUCAACAGUCCUCUGGAACUGGACUGUCACGCCACUGGGACACCUGCACCUGUCAUCACGUGGUAUAAAGAUGGACAACGAAUCAGUCAGGACGAGGGCUUGCGGCUCUCAACCAACGGGUGGCGACUGGUUAUUCCUCGCACUCAGGUCUCUGACACAGGUCGCUUUCAGUGUGUGGCCACCAAUGAAGCAGGAGAGCAUGAGAAGGACUUCAAUGUGAUUAUACAUGUACCACCAUCCAUUCGCACCACUGGGACCGCCGACCGUGCGGUGGUUCUACAUAAACCUAUCAGUCUGGAGUGUAUCUCCAGUGGCGUCCCUCCCCCCACCAUUACCUGGCUGAAAGAUGGUCGACCCGUUGAUACGUCACAGGAGCACUUUAAGCUGGUGUCAGCAGACAGGGUGCUAAAGGUCACGGGGGCAAGACAAGAGGAUUCUGGGAAAUACACCUGUCUGGCCACAAAUGCUGCUGGUGAAGCUCAAAAGAACAUAAGACUCAGUGUCCAUGUGCCCCCAACAAUUUCCCCCUCUGGAGAAAGCAUCAACCAGACCAUCCUGUCGGGCUUCUCUACUCAGCUUGAGUGCAAGGCCACAGGCAGCCCGUUACCUGCAAUAACAUGGUACAAAGAUGGCCGACCUCUGACAAGCGCAGCUGGGAUGACAAUGCUGAAGCGGGGCCAGGUGCUGGAGAUUGAAAGAGCCCAGCUAUCUGACACUGGGAUGUACAGAUGUGUAGCAGUCAACUUGGCCGGAGCUGCAGAGAUAUCCCACAGCUUACAGGUGUUCGUACCUCCGCUCAUCUCCAGCCGAGGUGGCACAGUAACCGUGGUAGUGAACGAGCCGGGCAAGCUGGAAUGUGAGGCCACCGGGGUGCCUUUACCUAACCUCACCUGGCUCAAAGAUGGUAGCCCUGUGGCAAGUGUGUCUCAUGGCAUACAGGUCUUGUCUGGUGGUCGAGUGCUGUCUGUGAACAGUGCACAGGUGAGUGACACAGGCAGGUACACCUGUGUCGCUGUCAACGCUGGAGGAGAACAACAAAGGGAUUAUGAUCUGAGGGUUUAUGUGCCACCCAACAUCAAGGGCGAAGAGAUGAACGCUACUGUGAUGCUCGGUAGUCCUGUGGAGCUGCACUGCGUGAGUGAUGCCAUCCCCCCACCAACUCUGUCGUGGCGCAAAGAUGGCCGCCCGCUGUUUAGGAAGCCCGGUCUGACUGUCACGGCAGAUGGCAGUUUGCUCAAGGUUGACAGUGCUGAGGUUCAGGACUCUGGCAGAUACACGUGUGAGGCCACUAAUGUUGCUGGGAAAACUGACAAGAACUAUAACGUGAAUGUGUUGGUCUCUCCCAGUAUUCGCGGCUCAGAGGAGGUGUCACCGUUCACAGUCAUUGAAGGAAGUCUCAUCACACUGGUGUGUGAAUCUAGUGGAAUACCACCACCCAGUCUGAGCUGGAGAAAGGACGGUGCAGCACUCCGAUCCGGCCAGCGAGUCAGGGUUUUAUCUGGAGGUCGUCAGCUCCAGAUCUCAAGUGCUGAGCGAACAGAUACAGCUUCUUAUGUCUGUACAGCCUCCAGCGCAGCAGGCAGCACUUCUAAGGAGUACAGUCUCCAGGUUUAUGUCCGGCCUUCCAUCAGACGCAGCGAGGAAGAGGCAGAUAACAUCAUUGUGACAAAAGGAGGUGAUGUGAUGCUGCAGUGCGCCGCAGAAGGUGUGCCACGACCAGCAGUCACUUGGCUAAAAGACGGACGUCCCAUCACAAGCCAACAUGGGGCCAAGGUUCUUAAUGAGGGGAGGGUGCUGCAGAUUAAAGAUGCAAAAGUCGCAGAUACGGGACGCUACACCUGUAUUGCUGUUAAUGUGGCAGGGCAGGUGGACAGCAAGCAUGACAUCAGUGUGCAUGUGCCUCCAACUAUUCUUGGUCCGUUUCAAUUUCCAGAAAAUGUCAGUGUUGUUGUAAAGAAUCCAGUUGCUCUAAGCUGUGAGGCUUCCGGCAUUCCUCUCCCGACCAUCACCUGGCUUAAGGACGGUCGGCCAAUUAAAGGGAGCAGUUCUGUUCGUGUACUCUCAGGUGGGCGAAGUCUUCGUCUAAUGCACACUGCAGUAGAGGAUGCUGGGAGGUACACCUGCAUUGUAUCAAACAGUGCUGGCGAAGGGAAGAAGGAUUUUGACCUUGACAUCCUCGUUCCACCAAGCUUCGUGGCAGAAAAAAGUGUCACUGACACAAAAGUGAAGGAGAAGCAUAACAUUACUCUGACCUGUGAGGCCUCAGGUAACCCACUUCCUGAGAUUAAAUGGCUAAAAGACGGGCAACAACUACUACCUGACAGGCGCCACCAUGUCCUGUCUCAUGGUCGUUACCUCCAAAUUUCUGAUGCCCAGGUGGGUGACACUGGCAGGUACAGUUGCCUGGCAUCGAACAGUGCAGGGGAUCGCAGUCGCCAUUUCAACCUCAAUGUCCUGGUUUCUCCCACCAUUGCUGGGUCAGGACCGGAUGGUUCCGCAGAGGAGGUGACAGUUACGCUCAGCAGCCCCACCUCUCUGGUAUGUGAAGUUCAGUCUUACCCUCCUGCACUGAUCACCUGGCUCAAAGACGGCACUGCUUUUGAGUCCAGCCGUAACGUCCGAGUUCUUCCAGGUGGGCGCACGCUGCAGAUUCUCAGUGCAAAAGAAGAGGAUGCUGGGAGAUACACCUGUGUUGCCACUAAUGAGGCUGGAGAGACACUAAAACACUUUGGGGUCAAAGUCCAUGUUCCACCACAGAUUAAUAAAAAUGAUAUCCCAGGCGAAGGACUGGCCCCUAAAGAUGUCAAGGUCAAAGUCAACGGCACACUUACUCUGGAAUGUGCUGCUCAGGCCUUUCCAACUCCAGCACUGCAGUGGUACAAGGACGCACAGAUCCUUCGGGCAGAAGAAAAUGUGUCCAUCACAGCUAACGGCCGUAUCCUUCAGAUUAAACAUGCUCAGGUGUCCGACACAGGCCGCUACACCUGCGUAGCCACGAAUGUAGCUGGAGAGGACGAGAAGGACUUUGAUGUAAAUAUACAAGUUCCUCCGAAUUUCAGCAAACCUGGUGGAGCUGGUGACUCAACAUCGCCCUUUGGCUUCGGAGUUGAUGCUCGCGAUGUGAUACUCAAUAAUCCAAUAUCUUUGUAUUGUGAGACCAAUGCUGUCCCCCCUCCGACACUCACCUGGUUCAAAGAUGGGCACCCACUGGCCUCCAAUGACAACAUUCUGAUCCUGCCAGGGGGAAGAGUUCUACAGAUCCCCAGGGCUCAGGCAGAGGACGCUGGCAGAUACACAUGUGUGGCUGUCAAUGACGCCGGAGAGGACUCAAUUCAGUAUGAUGUUAGAGUGUUACUGCCCCCAACUUUACGAGGAACACACAGCGAUUUGCCUGAUGAGGUGACUGUGUUGGCGAAUAAAACAACAUUACUGGAAUGCCAUGUGGACGGAAACCCAGCCCCUAAGAUCACCUGGUUUAAGGACAGCGACCCCGUCAGUCCCAAAGGACCUCAUAGGAUUUUGUCCAAUGGCAGAACACUUCAGGUUUUGACUGCUCAAGUGACUGACACAGGACGCUAUGUGUGCGUGGCUGACAAUGUAGCUGGAAGCGUUGAAAAAUCGUUCAAUCUCAAUGUUCACGUUCCUCCUACUAUAUUAGGUCUGAAUCCUGAGAAUGUGACAGUGGUGGUCAACAACUUUGCAUCCCUCUCGUGUGAAGCAACUGGUUUCCCCCCUCCUUCAUUGAGUUGGUUCAAUGACAGGGGUCCAAUUCAGGGAAACACCAAUGCACUUAUUAUGCCGGGUGGUCGUACUUUACAGAUCAUGAAAGCCAAAGUAUCAGAUGGAGGAAAGUACACCUGUGUUGCUAUAAAUGCAGCAGGAGAGGCUUACAAGAGCAUCUACCUCACCGUUUUUGUUCCUCCGAGUAUCCGGGACAGUAACGGGGACUCUCCUGUGGUUUGGACUGUACUUGCUGGGAAAUCCAUAACUUUUGACUGUGAGUCCAAUGCGGUACCUCCUCCCACUGUCACCUGGUACAAGAAUGGUAGAAUGGUGACAGAAUCAGACAACCUGCGCAUGCUGGCAGGGGGUCACAAGCUUCAGAUCAGAGUCUCAGAGGUUUCUGAUACGGGACAAUAUGUGUGCAAGUCCACCAACAUCGCUGGUCAGGCGGACAAGAACUUCCACUUGAAUAUUUAUGUUCCUCCUAGUAUCGAUGGCCCAGCUGAGGAGAAAGUUGUGGAAACCACUAAUAACCCAGUGACCUUUGCUUGUGAUGCUACCGGGAUCCCUCUUCCCAGUCUCACAUGGCUAAAAAAUGGACAACCAUUGGAAAACUCAGGUUCUUUGGAAAUGAACAUCUUCUCUGGAGGCAGCAAGCUCCAGAUUGCUCGUUCUCAGGUGUCAGACAGUGGCGCGUAUACCUGCUUGGCCUCCAAUGUGGAAGGCAAUGCUCAGAAAAACUACUACCUCACCAUACAAGUCCCCCCCAGUAUCUCAGGGUCAGAGCUGCCCAGUGAUAUCGGAGUCCUGCUCAAUGAAAGCAUACAGUUAGUUUGUCAAGUUCAGGGAUCCCCAACGCCAACCAUCAAAUGGUUGAAGGAUGGGCAAAUCAUGGACAAAGCAAGAAAUAAUGGGUUAAGGAUCAGCCCAGAUGGCAGCAUUCUCACUUUGACUGCCUCACACACCACCGACAGUGGCAAGUACACCUGCGUUGCCUCCAACAGCGCGGGAGAAGAAGACCGGAUAUUCAACUUGAAUAUAUAUGUUCCUCCUGUGAUCGAAGGAAACAGUCAAAAAGUCGAGGAGAUGACAGCAGUCCUGGACAGCUCAGUCAACAUCGAAUGUGUCGCUGCUGGUUCCCCUGCACCGCAGCUUAAUUGGCUGAAAAAUGGACUCCCACUUCCAGUGUCUACACACAUACGCCUACUCUCUGCUGGCCAGGUGAUCCGGAUUGCCCGUACCCAACUAUCAGAUGGCGGAACCUACACUUGCGUCGCAUCCAACAGAGCAGGAGUUGACAACAGACAUUAUAACCUGCAGGUGCAUGUCCCUCCUGUUCUGGAUGGAGUGGGAAGCACAGACGACGUGACUGUUGUCAGAGGAAACUUGGCUUCUCUGCUCUGUUUAUCUGAUGGAACCCCAACCCCGUCUGUCGCCUGGCUCAAAGACGGGGAGCCCUUAUCUUUUGACACCAACUUGAAACUACUCAACCAUAACAGUACUGUGCGGAUCCCCAAGGCUGAAGUCAGUGACACGGGACACUACACCUGUAUUGCGAGCAACAUUGCAGGGCAAGCAAGCCGCCACUUUCAUUUAAAAGUGCUUGACCCUCCGCAAAUCAAGGCCUCUGGUGUGCCAGCAGAAGUUUUUGUGGUGGUUAAUAAUGUACUGGAGCUUCAAUGUGAAGCCUCGGGUGUCCCUCUGCCGUCCUUGACGUGGCUGAAGAACGGACGUCCUCUCCCACAGACAGACCACCUGCGACUUCUUCAAGGAGGAGAAGUUCUCCGCGUGACCUCUGCACAGUUGGAGGACACUGGCAGAUACAGCUGCUUAGCCAGCAGCCCAGCGGGCGAUGAUGACAAAGAGUUUUUAGUCCGGGUGCAUGUUCCUCCCAACAUUGCAGGGGAGGGCAUUCCCCAGGACAUGUCGGUGUUGCAGAAUAGACAGGUGACUCUGGAGUGCAAGUCGGACGCUGUUCCAUCUCCGACUCUAAUCUGGCUCAAAGAUGGUCAACCCCUGCAGGCGUCUGCACGGGUGCGUGUUCUCUCAGAGGGUCGCUACUUACAGGUCAACAUGGCGGAGCUUAAUGAUGGGGCUCAGUACACCUGCGUGGCCAGUAACAUCGCUGGCCAGACCACGCGACAGUUCAACCUGACUGUCAAUGUGGCCCCAACAAUUAAAUCUGGCCCUCAGACAGUGUCAGUGCAUAUCAACAAGUCAGCUGUACUGGAGUGUACUGUAAGCGGUGUACCGGCACCUCGCGUCACUUGGAGGAAACAUGGAGCCAUAUUGGCGGGAAAUAACCCCAGGUACACAUUUAUGGAAGACGGCUCGUUACACAUCCACUCUGCGCAGGUGACCGACACCGGCCGCUACUUGUGUAUGGCAACAAACCCCGCCGGGACACAACGAAAGAGAGUAGAUCUUCAAGUAUAUGUGCCUCCCUCUAUCAUUGACGGCCGUACCAACGUGACGGUGACAGUCAAUGUUCAGACCACCCUCAGCUGUGAGGCCAGUGGCAUACCCAGGCCAUCUGUGAGCUGGAUGAAGAACGGUCGGGCCAUCAAUACUGACCAAAACCAGAAUAUGUACAGAUUACUUUCAUCUGGUUCACUGGUAGUGAUCGCACCCACAGUGGAGGACACGGCUUUGUAUGAGUGUGUUGUCUCCAACGAGGCAGGAGAAGAUUCUAGAGCCAUCAACCUCACUGUGCAGGUUCCGCCAUCAAUAGCUGAUGAACCAACAGAGCUGGUUAUCACAAGGUUGUCCCCAGUGGUCAUUGCCUGUAGUGCAUCUGGCGUACCGGAGCCAACAAUCCACUGGAGCAAAGAUGGGGUCAAGCUGCCUGAACAGGGGCAAGGAUACAGCAUCCUGAACUCAGGUCAAGUAGAGAUAACCUCAGCUGACCUGAAUCAUGCAGGACGCUAUUCCUGCACAGCAAAGAAUGCUGCAGGGUCCACCCACCGUCAUGUGCAACUCACAGUACACGAGCUCCCUGUGAUCCAUUCCCACCCAUCCACCCAGGAUGUGAUACUCAAUAACGCCAUUGUUCUGCCCUGCAGAGCCACAGGCUCACCGAGGCCUACGAUCACCUGGCAGAAGGAGGGCAUUAAUAUACCCACCACAGGUGGACAUUUCACAGUACUACCUAAUGGAAGUCUACAGAUCACCAGGGUGUCCGUGUCCAACUCUGGAACGUACAUAUGCGUGGCUCAAAACCCUGCAGGGACUGCGCUUGGCAAAACCAAAGUCAGAGUACAGGUCCCUCCUGUCAUCAGCUCAGAAACCCAAAAAUACACGGCACCUGUGGAUUCCUCUGUGACGCUACAUUGCCAAAAUGACGGCGUCCCUGCCCCAUCUGUCGCAUGGCACAAAGACGGGCAGCCCCUGACUGAAUCUGUACGCCAGCGUGUGCUUGGUUCAGGCUCCCUACAGAUCGCCUUUGUCCAGCCAAGCGAUACGGGGCGAUACACUUGUACCGCUGCCAAUGUUGCAGGAACAAUGAGUCUGGAGAUGAGCCUGACUGUACAAAUUCCUCCUUCAAUUCUUGGUGUUGAGGAAGAAGUGGUUGUGAUGGAAAAUAAUCAAGCCCAGCUGGGAUGUGUGGCGAAGGGGGUCCCUCAGCCGACACUCUCUUGGGAGAAAGACGGUGUUCCUCUAGGAGAUGGUACUGGGGAGUACACCAUUUUGCCUUCCGGGGAGCUGGUUAUUGAUACUGCUCAGCCUGGGGAUGCAGGCAGUUAUACAUGUGUUGCCACCAAUGAAGUGGGUCAGGACAGUCAGACAGUGACCCUGUCUGUUCAUACUCACCCUGUCUUCACUGAGCUGCUUGGAGAUGUCUCCCUCAAUAAGGGAGAGCGCCUCCUACUGGCCUGUGGAGUUAGUGGCAUCCCCACACCCCGGAUUACAUGGACCUUCAACAACAACAUCAUUCCAGUCGUUCACUAUGACCACAUGAAUGGUCACAGUGAGUUGGUGAUCGGGAGAGUGAGUAAAGAGGAUGCAGGCACUUACACCUGUGUGGCAGAAAACCCAGUUGGAACCAUCAAGUCUCUGGGCUUUGUCUAUGUCAAAGAGCCUCCCAUCGUUGAUGGCGACCUUCACUCCAAUCGCAUCGAACCUCUGGGCGGCAACGCCAUCCUAAAUUGUGAAGUUCGGGGAGAACCACUACCUACCAUCCAGUGGAGCAAAAAUGGAAUAAACAUGCAGAUCAACAACCGCAUCCGUCAAAUGGACAAUGGUUCUCUGGCCAUAUAUGGCACUGUGAGCGAAGAUGCAGGCAACUACAUUUGUGUGGCGACAAAUGAUGCUGGUAUUGUGGAAAGAAGUGUCACGCUCACCUUACAGAGCGCCCCCACCAUCAUAGUUGAGCCUGUAACAUCGAUGGUGGAUGCCGGCACUACAGUGGUGCUCAACUGCCAGGCGGAGGGUGAGCCAAUCCCUGUGAUAGAAUGGUCCAGUCAAGGGCGUCCACUUUUGGGCAGAGACCACUUCUCCACUCUGUCCAACGGGUCCCUCAGGAUAAAGAGUGUCCAGAAAGAGGACACAGCUGAAUAUGAAUGUGUGGCGAGAAACCUGCUCGGAUCUGUUCUGGUUCGGGCUGGGCUCACUGUUCAAGUCCAUGGGGGCUACUCAGAGUGGGCCGAGUGGGGCCCUUGCAGUCUGACCUGUGGGGUUGGUUCUCAGAAGAGGCAGAGACAAUGUAACAAACCUCUGCCGGCCAAUGGAGGGCGCCACUGUGCAGGAUCAAGUAUAGAGACACGCAGUUGUCAAGGGAAGCCUUGUCCAGUUGAUGGUAACUGGUCCGAGUGGUCGUCAUGGGAAGAAUGCUCUCGGAGCUGUGGUCAGGGCAACAGAACAAGAGUGCGGACUUGCAGCAACCCGCCAGCUCAGAAUGGAGGAAGGCUAUGUGAGGGGAGGGCUGUUGAAGUCAUCAUGUGCAGCGUCCGACCUUGUCCAGUGGCAGGUACCUGGGGGCCUUGGCUACCUUGGAGCCCUUGCAGUGAGACCUGUGGAAAAGGUAUGCAGACCAGAAUCCGGUUGUGUAACAACCCCCCUCCAGCAUUUGAUGGGUCACCGUGUGAAGGCACAGACACUCAAACACAGGUGUGCAAGGAGCGACCGUGUCCUGUGGAUGGGAAGUGGUCAUCGUGGGUGAGCUGGGGAGCCUGCAGUGUUUCCUGUGCGGGCGGAACGCGACAGAGAACCCGACAAUGUGCUAAUCCCGCCCCGCAACAUAGUGGCAGGCAGUGUGAAGGCAACGACGUGCACAUUGACUUCUGUAAUAGCGACCCCUGCCCAGUCAGCGGAAACUGGGGUCCAUGGAGCAGCUGGGGCAGCUGCAGCAAGACAUGCAACGGAGGGCAGAUGAGACGCUACAGGACAUGUGACAAUCCGAGACCGGCCAAUGGCGGCCGAGCGUGUGCAGGCUCGGAUGCACAGAUACAGAGAUGCAACACGGCCACAUGCCCCGUUGAUGGUAACUGGGGAUCGUGGCAGCCGUGGGGAGAAUGCUCUGCUUCGUGUGGAGGUGGAGAGAAAACCCGCGUGCGACUUUGUAAUGUCCCGCCGCCAAGCCACGGUGGUCGUCUGUGCCCGGGAGACACCUCCCAGAUUUCCAGGUGUAACAUUGAGGCCUGUCCAGGCGGGCCCCAAAUGGCACGAGGUAGCAUUGCGGGAAACAUCAACGAUAUCGAGUUUGGCAUCGCCAUACUAAACGCCACCGUCACAGACACAAUAUCUGGCGGAAGAUUCAUCAAAGCGUCUAUUUCAAACAUCCCGCGAUCGUUAGGGCCCGCGAUGAGGAAGCUCAUCUCCAUCCUGAAUCCGAUCUACUGGACCACUGCACAGGAAGUAGGAGAGGCCGUCAACGGGUACACGCUCACAGGCGGCGUCUUCAGGAGAGAAACACAGGUGGAAUUUGCCACAGGUGAGAUUCUGAGGAUGACCCACAUUGCCCGUGGCCUUGACUCAGACGGCGCAUUGUUGCUGGACAUCGCGGUGAAUGGCCAUAUCUUGCAGCUGCCUUCACAUGUGGACAUCAGCAUCAAGGACUACACGGAGGACUACAUCCAAACAGGUCCGGGCCAAAUCUACGCUUUGUCUACUCGAAUGUUCAGCAUCGACAGGGAGAGCGUUCCUUACUCCUGGAAUCACACCAUCUCCUACGACGUGUCCAAGGGUAAAAUGCCCUAUCUGGUCGAGACGCUUCAUGCGACGGCCGUCAACGCUCUGUACCACCCCUUGGAGGAAGUGCUGGAGUACGACAUCCAAGCUAGUAUCAGCAAGGGCGAUCGCAGCAACCAGUGUCCUAAUGGGUUUACUUUGGUCCCUGCAGGGCCGUACUGUGCAGAUGAGAAUGAGUGUGAGGUUGGUAACCCUUGUUCUCAUGCGUGCCACAACGCCAUGGGCACCUACUACUGCUCUUGUCCCCGUGGUCUCACCAUAUCAGCUGACGGCAGGACGUGUCAAGAUAUUGAUGAGUGUUCACUGGGGUCGAACGUGUGUCAUGACGGACAGGACUGCGAGAACACUAUCGGAUCGUACCGCUGCGUGAUGCGCUGUGGCCGCGGUUUCAGGAGAACAGCCGAUGGCCUGAGUUGCACAGAUAUAAACGAGUGCAGGGAGUCCAAUCCUUGCAACCAACACUGCCUCAACACUAUUGGAAGUUAUCGCUGCACCUGUGAGCCUGGCUUUCAACUCAGGAACCGACGCUGUGUUGACAUAAAUGAAUGCAGACAGAGGGUUUGUCGUUCCGACCAGCAGUGUAAAAACACCCGUGGCGGUUACAGCUGUAUCGACCUGUGCUCCGCUGGCAUGACCAAGGGUGCCAACGGGACGUGUGUGGACAUGGACGAGUGCAGAGACGGCACCCAUCAGUGCAGAUACAACCAGAUCUGUGAAAACACCAGAGGUAGUUACCACUGCACCUGUCCACGUGGCUACAGAUCUCAGGGACUGGGUCGACCUUGUUUGGAUAUCAACGAAUGUGAGGUGAGAGAUGCUUGCCAACACGAGUGUAUGAACACACCAGGGAGCCACAGGUGCCUUUGCCCAGCCGGUUACAAUCUCAUGACCAACGGCAAGACGUGCCAAGAUAUAGACGAGUGUCUCGAGCAGAACAUCCAGUGUGGCGCCAACCGCAUGUGUUUCAACAUGAGAGGAAGUUUCCAGUGCAUCGACACACCUUGUCCACCAAACUACCAGAGAGAGCCCACCACAGGGUUUUGUCUGAAGAAGUGUCCUCCGAACGACGUGGAGUGCGCGCUGAGUCCUUACGCGCUGGAGUACAAGCUGCUUUCUCUUCCCUUUGGCAUCGCAGCCAACCAGGACCUCAUCCGACUGGUGGCCUACACGCAGGACGGCGUGAUGCACCCUCGGACCACCUUCCUGGGGGUGGACGAGGACAUCAGCUUACCUUUCGCCCUGCGCGACGAGAACCUCAAGGGAGUGCUGUUCACCACGCGGCCUUUGCAGGAGCCUCACACGUACCGCAUGAGGGUGCGAGCCCUCUCCUACAGCGAAAGCGGGGCCAUCGAGUACCAGACCACCUUCAUUGUCUACAUCGCCGUCUCGGCCUACCCUUACUGAGAACACUUUAAACGACGCCGGACUAAAAGUGCGUGCCGCACAGCUGGAAUACGUUGAGUCUACGAUGAGAAUGAACUGAGGAAAACAGACUCCAGCGAGGGUCAAUGAGAACAAAGCUUUUACAGCGGGGACAAAAGAAGCCAUGACUAUUUAUUUGCUAUCUUUUAUGCUGUAAUGUUUGUAUUGUUUUCUCCUGUCACACAAAAAUGUAUUUUCUUGGUGUAAAAGGGCUCACCGCCAAAUGUUUAACGCUGAUAAGAAAACAACUGCAGAGGACACUGGUUUCCAAUACAGGAAGUUGAAAUAUUGGUAGUUAGACUUUUGUUGUAGUUUAAAGUUAAAGUACAACUGAUAGUCUCACACACACACACACACACACACACACACACACACACACACACACACACACUAGGUGUGGUGAAAUUACCCUCUACAUUUGACCCAUCCCCUUGUUCCACCCCCUGGGAGGUGACGGGAGCAGUGAGCAGCAGCGGUGGCCGUGUUCGUUUGAUAGAAUUGGGGUCAGGGCUUUCACCAUCUUCCACAACAAAAUCAUCCAACCUUCAGGCUUUAAGGCUGGGGAAAAAGAGUUUAUAUGGUUCAUGGGGACCAAAUUUAGAUAUUUUUGCAUAAUUCACACACAUUUGUACGUGACUAAUGAGGACCAUUAAAAAAAAAAAGAAUAAUUUGAAUUAAAUAUGACAUGAUCCAGCGAGUGCAGUACCAGCAACAGCAGGGUGAGGGGGCUGCUGUGCAAAUGUCUCACACUCAAACUAACCAGUAAACAUGUUAUAUGGGCCAAAGCUUAAAAAUCACUUAGGCAUCUUCAGAAUGGAUCUGACUAUCAUUUAAAAAGGUUUCGCUUUAGGGGACCUGUUUUUUUGUCCCCAUACCGUCAGAAAUCCCCUAAAGUUGACUGUGUAAACAGAGCGAUGUCCCCAUUAAGUAAGCAUUGCCAGAACGAACACACACACACGUAUCCAAACUAUUUUCUGCUGACAAUACACAAAAAUCACUAUGGUGUAGGUCAUAUUUUUAACAUUCUCAUUGAUUAUAUGUAGGGAUGUAACGAUAAACAGCAUUGGCGUUAACCGCGGUUAAAACUGCCGACGCUUAACAUUAAAGGCCUACUGAAAUUAGAUUUUCUUAUUUAAACAGGGAUAGCAGGUCCAUUCUAUGUGUCAUACUUGAUCAUUUCGCGAUAUUGCCAUAUUUUUGCUGAAAGGCUUUAGUAGAGAACAUCGAUGAUACAUUUCGCAACUUUUGGUCGCUAAUAAAAAAGCCCUGCCUGUACCGGAAGUAGCAGACGAUGUGCGCGUGACGUUACUGGUUGUAGGGCUCCUCACAUCCUCACAUUGUUUAUAAUCAUAGCCACCAGCAGCUAGAGCUAUUCGGACCGAGAAAGCGACGAUUUCCCCAUUAAUUUGAGCGAGGGUGAAAGAUUUGUGGAUGAGGAAAGUUAGAGUGAAGCACUAGAGAAAAAAAAAUGAGGGCAGUGAGAUCAAUUCAGAUAUUAUUAGACACAUUUGCUAGGAUAGUUCUGGAAAAUCCCUUAUCUGAUUAUUGUGUUACUAGUGUUUUAGUGAGAUUAUAAAGUCAUACCUGAAAGUCGGAGGGGUGUGUUGACCCCCAGUGUCUCUGAUGGAAGCCAUGGAGGAGCCAAGAAAGUUGCAGCUGCCUUUUUGACAGCUGCUGCAGGAGGACGCAAGCUCCGCUCAUGUCUCCGGUAAGAGCCGACUUAUUACCACAAUUUUCUCACCGAAACCUGCCGGUUGACAUGUUCGUUUGACCACUCUGUUCCAUAUUAAAGCUUCACGACAAACAAAGAAACACCGGCUGUGUUUUGGUUGCUGAAGGCACCUGCAAUCCACCGCUUUCCACCAACAGCAUUCUUCUUUAUAGUCUCCAUUAUUAAUUGAACAAUUUGCAAAAGAUUCAGCAACACAGAUGUCCAAAAUACUGUGUAAUUAUGCGAUUAAAGCAGACGACUUUUAGCCGUGAGCGGGGCUGGGAUAAAAUGUCUGCUACAACCAAUAACGUCACAAGCACUCGUCAACAUAAGAGUCAUUAUUCCGCGACGUUUUCAACAGGAAACUUCGCGGGAAAUUUAAAAUUGCAAUUUAGUACACUAAAAAAGGCCGUAUUGGCAUGUGUUGCAAUGUUAAUAUUUCAUCAUUGAUAUAUAAACUAUCAGACUGUGUGGUCAGUAGUAGUGGGUUUCAGUAGGCCUUUAAUGUCUUUCUCCAUUAGGAAACGACAUACUCCGAUUUAAACUUAUUUAAUCACAUUGCUGUCCGAGGAACUAAAUUCGGUUGAACUAACAAGUUGUGCUCUUUUAGAACAGUGCGCUCAUUCUAUUGGGCGUGAAAGUGUGACACGGAGACGCAAUGCAUCAUGGGACUUACUGCGUGUUAAUAGCAUCUUUACAUUGUACUAAAAUCAUGUGUUUUACUUAACAAGUUCCAAGUGUGUCAUAAACGUGCGGCAUAGUUAAAUGUUACAAUGCUUGGCGUGAUUGCUUCAGGAAAAAAAAAUAAUUGGUGAGAUUUGUUUCAUUUCCAGCGCAGCAGCGAAGCCAAAGGUUGGGUAAUUAAGCCAAUUAGGAGAUGAUGGAAAGCAGCUGUGUGAGACCAGCAAAAGUGAUUUUUAACUUCAUUACCUGGUGCAUGUUGACGGCAUUUUCACACUGGUAAGUUUGAAUUUAAGCCUGUUUUAUUUUGUGGCAACUUUUAGUAGGCUGUUGGCGUUAGCUGCUAAGCUAUCCACGAGUUUUGAACAACAUACAGCAUUUGGAAAAAAAACGAUACCACUGUUUAUAGCUCAUUAACUGAGAAGAGUAAAUAUUUCCAUCAUUGAUACACAGUCUGUUUCAGACUUGAAUAUAUUUCCUAGUGAUGGGUUGAUGAGGCGUCAUGAAGCAUUUCGACACAUCGCAAAACUGUAUUGAUACUGUAUUGAUACUGUGUCACUAAAUACUGACAUCUGCUGGACAUUAAAAAUCCCUACAGGCAACCUAUGGACCCCCUCAACUGACACUGAUUUUAUGACCUAGUACAGUGUUUUUCAACCACUGUGCCGCGGCACACUAGUGUGCCGUGCGGUACAGUCUUGUGUGCCGUGGGAGAUUAUGUAAUUUCACCUAUUUGGGUUAAAAAUAUUUUUUUGCAAACCAGUAAUUAUAGUCUGCAAAUUGUGUGUUGUUGUUGAGUGUCGGUGCUAGUGAUGAUGUUUGAUAAGAAAUUAUCGAGUUCGAGCCUAUUAUCGAAUCCUCUUAUCAAACCGAUUCCUUAUCGAUUCUCUUAUCGAGUCCAGAUAGGUUGUUGUACAUGGGAAAAAAACAACAAUAUUUGGUUUAACAAAAGCUCACUUUUAUUGUAUAAGAAAAAAAUAAAAUCUAAUAAAUAUUGACUGUUACCCUCCUAAAAAAAUAAAAUAAAUACAUAUUGACUGUUGUUACCCAAAGUGGGAUUUUUCAGAAAAACAAAUAUAUACAGUAACACAAAAACAACCUGUCUCUGUGAUCACUAUAGGUGUAUAAAUAAUAAUAUAGUCUUAAAUAAAAUCAGUCCCUUGGGCACAAAACUGAAAAUAAUACAGCUCUCCAAAAAGUGCACUUCUGUUACUAUUUGACAUAACUGUUUGUUAUGAUGCUUUGACAUUUUUGCACUUUAUUUCUUUAUUGAAAGAAAAUUCUAUGAAGAGAAAAGUUGUUUGCAAAUGUGGUUACAAUGCUAAAAUAUGAAAAGUUAAAGCUAAAAAAAAAAAACGCUUUAUUGAGUUAACAUUAUUUCUUUAUGAGCUAGGGAAUAUAACAACUACACUAUCCAGCAUGCAACGGGAGUGAUGAGCAUGCGCGGUAGCCCCGAAAAGUGUUGUUGCAUGUCGUCACCCGGCAGUAAACGUCAAGAAUUCAGCCAACACGCCUCGUCUGCAUUAUUUAUUAUUAGACUUACAACACAUAUACAGUGUGAUUUUGCUUUGUUUACAAGGAAAGAACAACAAAGGUUAAAAAAGGGGGAUAUGUUGUGUAUAUAUAUGUAUGUACUGCGGGUGCUUUAAGAACAUUGCGACAGCUGCCGUAAAGGAGGUGCGUUGCUAGCCUGGUUGCAAGUUUCCGGUUGGUCGUAAAAGUGUUGGUCAUGUGUUUGUACCCUGCUCAAAUCUCUCAGUAAAGUUAUUCAUUGGA